CAAACCGUACAAAAGCACCAAAUUACCCAAUUCUACUCGGCACCCACCGCUAUCCGCCUGUUGCGCAGACUUGGCGCUCAUCAUGUUGAAGGUCACGACCUUAGCUCUCUCCGCGUGCUGGGCAGUGUCGGAGAACCGAUCAACCCUGAGGCUUGGCAUUGGUAUAACGAACACGUUGGAAAGAAGGAAUGCGCAGUUGUAGACACGUUCUGGCAAACCGAAACUGGUUCUAUUGUUGUGACACCGUUCCCAGGUGCUAUCGAGACCAAACCCGGAUCAGCAACUGUCCCCUUCUUCGGUAUCGAGCCCGCUAUUCUGGACCCCACUACUGGAAAGGAACUGGAAGGAAACAAUGUCGAAGGUGUCCUUGUGAUCAAACGACCCUGGCCCUCGAUUGCUCGCACAGUAUACAAUGAUAAUAAUCGGUAUCUGGAAACGUACAUGAAGCCCUACCCUGGCUACUUUUACACUGGUGAUGGUGCCGCCCGUGACGAACAUGGUUAUAUAUGGAUCAAGGGUCGUGUUGAUGAUGUGAUCAAUGUGUCUGGACAUCGUUUGUCGACUGCAGAAAUUGAGUCGGCCUUGAUCUUGCACAAGGGUGUCGCUGAGGCUGCGGUGAUCGGCACCGCCGACGAACUGACAGGGCAAGCCGUGUUUGCUUUCGUCACCUUGAAACCAGAGUUCGCAUAUAACCCCAACGACGAAGCGUCGCUCUUAAAGGAACUCGUUCUCCAAGUCCGCAAAGUCAUUGGUCCUUUCGCUGCACCGAAGAAAGUGAUCAUCGUUCCUGAUCUUCCAAAAACUCGUUCCGGGAAGAUCAUGCGUCGUAUCAUGCGGAAGAUUGUCGCUGGCGAAGGAGAUCAGCUUGGUGAUCUUAGUACUAUUGCGGAGCCUGGUGUCGUCGAGGUCAUUAAAAAGAAGGUAGCGGCAUCAUUGUGAGAUGGGAUGAUCGCAUGUAGAUAUGGAGUCGGAUUCGUGUAUGCUGUAAAAUUUUGUUAGUGAACCAGGUGUCUUGCAACUGUCAACCAGUUGCCAAUUCGUGCCC